GGCAGGAGUUGUUUACUGGGCGAGAUCCUCGCGCAAGGAGACACGGAAAGAGGGGCAACCUGACGGAGAGAAAACCAACCACACAGCCACAAACGGGAACUUUUACAUUUAACCCGUCUUUUUCAUUUUUGUGUUCUAAACUAUUUUUCCUUUUUCUCAUUUUGUCUGUGAUCAGCGCUGAAAUCGAGACGCGCGUUCGACGUGUGUUUUCUUUCUAUUGCAACUCCAGCGCCGACGCGGAAAGCUGGUUUGUUUUGGAUUAGCUGGCUAGCUAGCUAGCUUUAGCUACACCGCUCCUCCUUCUCGACCUCCUCCUUCCUUCCAUCGGCUAAUGUAAGGAAAGGAAACGGGCAGCGUGGUACGACUUUUUCCCCACUUUAGGCUACACGUCGCCGUCAUUCUUUUCCAAGUGGAACUAGAGACAAUUAGCUUCCACGUUUGCCCUUUUGCAGAACCCCCCCUGCUCCCAGCGCCGUCUUGGACGUUUUAUUUUUUUACGGCGUUGGCUGCUGCUGCCUCAGAGGGGGUGAAGGAGUUCACGGGAUAGUCGCAGCUCCACAUCCAGGCACGUUUUUCCUGCACGUAACAGCCCAAAGGAAGUUUGAUCUCGCUGGAAUGUGCUCUUUACGCCCGUUAGAGAUCGAUACCUGGAAAGACUUUAUUUCUCGCGAUUCAUAGAAUAAAGGAUCUUGAGGAGAGCACAUGACGGUGGACUGUCGCCUUCACUUAUGGAAAAUGAACAUUUCGACACAAACGUUUGUCUCCAGAAGCAAAAAGCAUCGUUUUUAGGGAAAACACCACGACUUCGGACCAGGGGGUAUCCGUUUAUUACCGGGCCGAGUGGGCCCUUGGUUAAAGUGAUCGGUUAAGGUUUUUUUUCCCCCUGAGGUGUCCACAUUGGAGUUUUUGAGUUUGACGCGUCAAAAUGAGGCGGUGGACGCUUGAACUGGGUGCACAACUUGUGCUUUGGAUCGUUUGCAUCAUAUGCCAGCCUGGACUUAUUAAGGGAGAAAUUUGUCAAAGCAAAGACAUCCGCAACAAUGUGACCAACCUCCAGUCACUGGAGAACUGCACCAUCAUCGAGGGCCACCUAAAGAUCCUGCUUAUGUUCAAGACCAAAACCGAGGACUUUCGGGGCCUCAGUUUCCCGAAACUGCGAGUGGUGACCGAUUACAUGCUUCUCUUCCGGGUCUACGGCCUCGAUUCCGUCACCGAUCUCUUCCCGAAUCUGACGGUGAUCCGUGGCAACAACCUCUUCUUCAACUACGCCCUGGUGAUUUACGAGAUGCUACAACUGAAGGAGGUGGGCCUUCACAGCCUCAUGAACAUCACCAGAGGGGCUGUGAGGAUUGAGAAGAACCCAGAUCUUUGUUACCUGGCCACUCUGGACUGGUCCAAGAUCCUGGACUCGGUGGAAGACAAUUACAUCGUGGAGAACAAGAACGACCGUGAGUGCGGAGACGUGUGUCCCGGCACGGCGCAAGGUCAGACCACGUGUCCGCAGAACACCAUCAACGGCCACUUCAGGGGAAGAUGCUGGUCCCAGAACCACUGCCAGAGAAUGUGCCUGGACCGCUGUAAGCACGGCGCAUGUAACCUCCAGGGCCAAUGCUGCCACGACCAGUGCUUGGGCAGCUGCUCGGAGCCCGGGAACGCCAGCAGCUGUGUGGCCUGCAGGAACCUCCAGCACGGCAACACCUGUCUGGAAAAGUGCCCCCCUGGAUACUACGUCUUUCGGGGAUGGCGAUGUGUCAGCUUCUCCUUCUGUCAGGCGCUCCACAACCAAUGCAAGGAGACCAAGAGGUUGAACCAGGGCCGGGACUCUGGUUGCUAUGAAUACGUCAUCCACAAUGGCGCCUGCAUUCAAGAGUGUCCUUCUGGAUACACCCCUAUAAACUCCUCCAUGUUGACAUGCUCGCCGUGCGCAGGCCUUUGUCCCAAACUUUGCGUGGGGAAUAAAACCAUCGAUUCCGUCACCUCCGCGCAAGCUUUGAAAGGCUGUACCGUUUUCCAAGGCAACAUGAUCAUCAAGAUUCGCGGCGGGCAUAACAUAGCGGCUGAGCUGGAAGCUAGUUUGGGCCAGAUUGAGGAGAUCACAGGCUACCUAACGGUUCGCAGAGCCUACGCUCUCGUGUCCCUCUCCUUCCUCCGUAAACUACACACCAUCAGGGGGGAGCAUCUCGAGGGAGACAUCUAUGCCUUCUAUGCACUGGACAACCAAAAUCUGCGUGAGCUGUGGGACUGGUCCAAGCAUAACCUGACCAUCCAGCGCGGCCGCACUUUCUUCCACUAUAACUCCAAACUGUGCAUGUCUGAAAUCAGUAAAAUGGAGGAGGUGACGGGCACCAUCGAGCGCAACCAGAAAAAUGACAUUGCAGUGCGCACCAAUGGGGACCAAGCCUCCUGUGAAACCAAGCUGCUGAAAUUCACAUUCAUCAAGGCGGCGUCAAACAAGAUUUUAGUCAAGUGGGAGCCAUUUUGGCCGUUAGAUUUCAGAGACUUGUUGGGCUUUAUGGUUCUCUACAAAGAAGCGCCGUACAAGAACGUGACAGAGUUCGACGGGCAAGACGCGUGCGGUUCUAACAGCUGGGUGAUCGCCGACGUUGACCCGCCAGCCCGCGUUCCCGACAACAAGGAGCAGAGCGAGCCGGGUCAUUUGAUCCGACCCCUCAAGCCGUGGACCCAGUACGCCAUCAUGGUGAAGACCCAACUGUCCGCGUCUGACGAGCAUCAGGUUCACGGGGCCAAGAGUGAGAUCAUCUAUGUCCGCACCGAUGCUUCCAUGCCGUCAGGCCCUCUGGAUCCCAUCUCCUCCUCCAACUCCUCCUCCCAAAUCAUCCUCAAGUGGAAGCCUCCCACCGAUCCCAACGGCAACAUCACCCACUACAAGGUCACCUACCGCAAGCAACCCGAGGACAGCGACCUCUACAAGUUCGACUACUGUCUGCAAGGAAUGAAGCUGCCGUCCCGGACCCCGACCCACUUGGAUAGCGACGACGAGCAGAAGUGGAACCACACGGACGAGCCCAACAUAGGGGGCAAGUGUUGCGCUUGCCCCAAGACGGACAUUCAGCUCAAGAAGGAACAAGAGGAGAUUGAGUAUCGCAAGACCUUUGAGAACUACCUGCACAAUGAAGUUUUCGAGAGCAGACCUGCUCGUCGGCGCCGUUCAGUGGGCGUGGCCAACGCCACCGAAAUGCCUUUCCUUCUUCCAACACUCGCCAGCGUUCCUAACGGUUCUAAAGCCACACCGAAAGACGAGGACGAGGAGGGAGCUAAGGUUGAACUGAAAGUCUUUUCAAAAGAAUCAACCGUCAUCUCCAAUCUGCAACACUUUACCAGUUAUAAGAUUGAGAUCAUGGCUUGCAACCAUCCCACAGACCUCAAGCGCUGCAGCUUGGGCACUCUUAUCAGUGCGAGAACCAUGCCGGAAGAGAAAGCAGAUGACAUCCCAAGCCUGGUGUCCCACGAGUUAAUGAACGGCGAGCCUGCCUCGGUGUUUAUUAAGUGGAAGGCUCCCGUCUCUCCAAACGGUCUCAUCAUCCUCUAUGAAGUCUUUUACCGCAAGGUUGGGGAGACCGAGGUUCACACAGCUUGCGUUUCUCGUCCCGCGUACCUCAAGUCCGGCGGGACCAAGCUGUCGCUCGUACACCCUGGGAACUACAGCGUGAUGGUCCGCGCCACCUCCUUGGCAGGAAACGGCUCUUUCACAGAAACCGCCUACUUCGUCAUGCCCAACAAGGAUCCGGGUAUAAUUGGGGUCGUCAUCGGCCCAAUCAUCUGCUUCAUCCUGCUGUUGAUCGUGGGAGGGGCCGUCUUUGUGGUCUUUAAGAAAAAGCAGACAGAAGGCCCAACUGGACCUCUCAUUGCCUCCUCAAACCCGGAGUACCUCAGUGCCAAUGAUGGUAAGAAGCGUCAUAACAAACUGCGAGGGGGGGGGGGGGGUAGAUGGGUCCUCACAACUCCACCAUUUUGUGUAGUUUAUGUUCCGGAUGAGUGGGAAGUACCGCGGGAGAAGAUCACAGUGCUCGGGGAACUGGGUCAGGGCUCCUUCGGCAUGGUCUACGAAGGAAUCGCCAAGGACAUCAUCAAAGGUGACCCGGACACCCGCGUGGCCGUCAAGACUGUAAACGAAUCGGCCAGUCUGCGAGAGAGAAUUGAGUUCCUCAACGAGGCGUCCGUCAUGAAGGCCUUCAGCUGUCACCAUGUGGUACGCCUCUUAGGUGUUGUGUCCAAGGGUCAGCCCACCCUAGUGGUGAUGGAGCUAAUGACACACGGUGAUCUCAAGAGCUAUCUGCGAGGUCUCAGGCCAGACUCUGAGAACAACCCGACCGGCCGUCCUCCACCUACCCUUAAGGAGAUGAUCCAGAUGGCUGCGGAAAUCGCAGACGGCAUGGCCUACCUCAACGCCAAGAAGUUUGUGCACAGGGACCUGGCAGCCAGAAACUGCAUGGUAGCAGAUGAUUUCACCGUCAAGAUUGGAGACUUUGGUAUGACGCGAGACAUCUACGAGACUGACUACUACCGUAAAGGAGGGAAGGGUCUGCUUCCCGUCAGGUGGAUGGCUCCGGAGUCUCUGAAGGACGGAGUCUUCACUGCCCACUCCGACUGCUGGUCGUUCGGCGUUGUGCUGUGGGAGAUCAACACGCUAGCGGAGCAGCCGUACCAGGGUCUGUCCAAUGAGCAAGUUCUCAAAUUUGUCAUGGACGGAGGAUACCUGGACCGCCCGGACAACUGUCCCGAAAGAAUGCACAACUUAAUGCAGAUGUGCUGGCAGUACAACCCCAAAAUGCGGCCGAUGUUCCACGAGAUCAUCGAGAUGCUGCGGGCGGACCUGCACCCGUCUUUUCAGGAGGUCUCCUUCUUCUACAGCGAGGAAAACAAAGUCCCCGAGAGCGAGGAGUUUGAUUUGGACCUGGAAAACAUGGAGAGCAUCCCCCUGGACCCGUCCUCGUACUCCCAGAGAGAGGAAAGCUUAGGCAGGGACAGCGGGCCCUCUGUGGCCCUGAGGGGGAACUAUGAGGAGCACGUCCCCUACACACACAUGAACGGCGGCAAGAAAAACGGACGAAUCUUAUCGUUGCCCCGAUCCAGCCCUUCCUAACAUUUCCUCUUGUCCCGAAAGAACUCGUUGAACUGGCCCAACCUUCCUUCUUUUCUCCCGCAGCCCUCCGGGAAUCCUUUUCUUAUUCUUGGAGAAGACCUUUUCAACAACACACAUACACAGUUCUCAGGACUUUUUUCUUCCUCAUGACUGCCAAACAAACACAGGCUAGCAAAGGAUGCAAACAGCACAUGGGUCUUUCUGGUGUCGUCUUUUUGUUUCUUGCUGUCGUUUCCAAGGACGCAAUGGAGGGGGGGGGCUGUGAACACAAGGAACCUUAGACAACCACAAGGCUGCUCUUCUGCUCAACCUCUUGAAAGACGUGGCUCCGCCUUCCACGGGGCGUUUCUUUGCAUUUACGUUUCUUCUCCUGACUCCGUCUUUUUACUCAGAUAGUGGCCUUUGGAUAUGUGGCCUAUACAGAAAGAGACGUGUCGCCCUGCGCUCGUGUUCCUUUUGACGACAAUUUCAUGUCUUGUUUGGAAACGGUGGGAUGACACAAUCAUAGAACAAACAUCUGAUCAUAGAGGAACGUUGGGUCUUUUUGCGUUUGUUUUGCGUUGUUUUUUUUUUUUUUUCUUUCCUUUCUGGUUCUGCAGAAUUCCAAAACAACACACAUAUUCAUCGGGUGAAUAGUUUUAAUUUAUUUGCUUUUAUCUUCGUUUUCUCUCUUUUCUAUCGGUGUCCUCACUUAUAUGGCUGAAGGAUAUUUAAACAGUUAAGAAUUGGACAAAGGAGUUCCUCAGACUGACCAAUAGCUGCUGCUUUGAUAUAUUUUACUAGGUAUAGAAAUAUAUGAAUUUAUAUAAUAUAUAUAGUAUAUAUGGAAUAUUGGUAUGAAAGUACCAACAUUUUAUAUAUAUAAUAUAUGACAUUGAUGUUUUUGUAUAUAGUUCAUAUUUGUAAUAUUUUUCAUCAAAAGCUUUGUUAGUAUCUAGAUUUUAUUUUUUUGCCAAUGUUUUUCCUUGAAAUGUUUUUAUUUUUAUAGCCCCAGAUCUCACUAAUCUGCCAUCAGUGCUCUCUCCUCUCCUAUUGUGACCACCUAGAUGGGAAAUUACUUCAACCCACUGAAUCAUUUCUCUCCCCCCCCCCCCCUUUCUUGUUAUUAAGCAACCCCCCCUCGGACCUUCUGUCUGUAUGAAGAUGAGACUUUUCUUUUUACAACGAUAAAACACACACACAAAAAGCUUGGAGGAGGUCACAUGACAUCUGAUCGCAUUUCAAUCCGAGGGCAGCCCGAUGAAUGUACUUCCCUUUUAAUGGCAACACUCGUCAUGUAGGAAGGUCCUGAGAUGCUUUUCGAUCCUUCUCGUCCACUUAACGAGCAGAACUUGUCCGAAUCUACAAACUCCGGUGUCAGUGAGAUGACAGCCUUGUUGGGUUUGCCUCCGCAUGUUUUCUCCCUGCUUCUAACGCUUCCCCGAUCCUUUCCACCCGCUUGUUCCCUUCCCACCUCGUAAGCAACGGCCACAAAGUUCCAGCAGGCGCUGUAGACACAUCUGUUUUCUCCACUUUGUGUUUUUCUAAUUGCAACAUCACUCAAUGCUGGCUUAGAAUUUGAUCCAAAAUAUUAUUGAAACUGUAAUUCAGCAACUUCCCGGCUAGGUUAAGCAACACUGCCCCAAUUGUGCGUUUGUGAAAAUCCCAAAGAUAUCCAGCAGUAUGCAUUGUGGUUGUCUACGGCGCCUUUUUCCACUGCCCGGGCUCCCGCUUGAUGCUUUCCUAGCGCCGGUAAACGUAAAGCGCUGCUGCUUGCUCAUUGGUUGAGGAUUUUUGAGGGUUAACCUCUGCUUACCCCAUUGCAGUGCCUUAGCUACGGACGCUGCUGUAUUAUACUCCACAGUUUCCACUUUGCUGCAGCGUGUCCUCAGUCUCCUCUGGAAAACAAAAAGGGAGGAAGUAAAAAGAAAAAAGGGACGCUGUUAUCUGGCGCAGUAGAAGACCCAGCGGAGGCGAGUAGAGCCAAGCAGUGGAAAAGCAUCACAAGUCCACUCAGGUCUGACAGUGUCGUAGCAAUUUACUCGUGUUUUCCUCCUGCCUUCCGCUAAAGCCCAUAGCUUCUACUCAAUAUAAUUUUUUUUAAAUUGAUUUGAUCACUUCACCCUUUUAAGGAGCAUUAUCACCCAUAUGAGUGGGCCACCCGACAACUCGGGCCCGGUAGCGUUGGGCAAGCUUGUCCCAAUCUUUUGGAAGCCCUUCUGUUUUAUACCAGUGCCUUCUCCAAUUUGGAGUUGCGAAGCAUCAUCGGGGUCAUGUAGAAAGUUGAGAUGAAUCUUGGACUGUUAGAUUUGAUGUUGGGAGAAAAAAAAGGAUUUGAUGCAUGACAGUAGCAUGGUGGACUAAUUAGGACCCCCCCCCCUCCCCAAAAAAAAGGAUUAAGUAUAUACUGUAGACUGAAAUAAGGAUGACUUAGCGCAAAGCUACUUUGUUGUAUGAAUAGCAACAGGUUAUGUGUGGCUUCUGCCGUCUAAUGGACGAGAGAUGAACAAAGAUUAUAUUUCCUAAGUCAUUCUCAGCCCAAUUAACUGAAAUUAGGCGUAUCGGUUGGGAAUCACUGCAGCGCUCUUUGGCUUUACAACACCUUGCAAGUCACUGUGAACACAAGCGGCUCCCGAGCUGGCCAGUAAGAAAAAGUGAAAACGGCUUGGACAGCUCUCGUGGCAUAUGCAAUUGCUCAUCAAGAUACUUGUAGAUAUUUAUUUUGUUACGAUGAAGCGGUUAGCAUCCGAGUGGAGCGUUAAAAAAAAAAAAUAGGUGUGUGAGGAUGGAGCGAUGCCGGACUCCUUGUUUGUCGUUUCUCAUCAUCGUUGUUGUGUUUGUUGUUGUCUUGGCCGGAGUCUACCUCAGUGCACACAGAGGAAUCACACCAGACGCUCGCCCGACAGCCAAUUUUUUCUAACACUGCUCACAUGUGUGGCCUCCUUCUGUCUGCUUCCUGCCUUAUACACAUUUUUGGGGUCUUUCCAUUCAGUUACGUUGCCCCACCCCAAAGCUCCUCUUUCCCGAGAAAUUUACCAUGGACCAAAGUAUUGGGACACUAAAACAGAUAAAAUGAAACAAUAUUAAGGUGGCUCAAGACAGAAAGUUCACUCUGAGGGAACCUUUUGGUUUUUGGAUCUUUGUGAGGUCGGAAAUAAUUCUCCCAUCCAUUGGGACAGGAAAGGCGAUUCUCUAAGUAGGAUCCAGAGAGACAUCUCAAUGGACUUGUGUGGUUUUUUUUUUUUGUCCAAUGUGUUCUGAGUGUUCUACUGUGAAAAUCGAGAAUAUUAACUUUGUGCGGAUGCGGUGUGUAUGGCCAAGGCUGGUUUGAAAGGAGAACAAGUAGGCAGCACCAAAUCCCCCCCCCCAUCCCCUGCCCCCCUGAACUUUCUCCCUUUUGGGUUAAAUCAAGCGGGACUGGGACAAUCUUGUGUGGCAUGCAAACUCAAAACAGAUGGACAAAAUUUCAAUUGUACCUUAUUUUUAGUCUCAGGGAGUCGGCCUGAUGAUGCUCAGAAGAAGAGAUACACAUUAGCUACCUUUUAUAUCAGUUGUGACUGAAGAGAAAAUACUAAGCAUCCUUGCAAAUAUAGACGUUAAAAGAACCUCGACCCACAGAUGAUCCCAUCUUUUCCCCAUCCUCUCUGAUUUUGGAGACAAUCAGGAAAACCCGAAGCUCACUCUGAAGUCAAGCGGCUUUGACUGACCUCUAGCGGCUGGAUGGGGGCAUUGCAAAGCAAACCAACCCACCAAUACAGUAGUGCCUUGCUUUGAAUCCAGUAAAAACCUCAAGAGGACCUCCAAAUAUUAAAAAGAAUACCCCAAGAAAUAUGAUUUUCUAAUCCAGUUCUGUGUAAAUUAAUCAGUUUAAUGAGAGAAUAUUAUCAUUUAGGAUUAUUCUUUUGACCACAAAUGGAACUUUUGUCUGCUCUGCUAAGAUUGCUUCAUGCAUGGAAAAAGGAAUGAUGCAUACCAGCGUAUAGCUUCUUCAUGUGACCUUUAAAAAAAAAAAAAAUGCCAGUACCCAUCAAACAUGUCCCAAUGUAAAAAUUUCCAUUCUUGCUGAAGCGCAUCCCAACAUUCAGAAAAAUAAGCUGAUUAAGUAACUCGUAACUGUAAAUAGCAGUGGAUCCCACUUCUCUUUUGCCCGGAAAUUGAAAGCACUUAAUUUAGGGAACUUUGCUCUGUUCAUGACCUUACAAGCAAAAAAAGAGCUUCCUUUCAAAGAGGUUAGCAAGUGACAUUAGAAACAUUUGGUAACUUUCCUUCGUUUACCGAGAACUCAGACAUUUUUUUGUUAGGAUUAAUGGGAAUUAACUGGGAAUUAGGCAAGAUUUUAAAACAGUGUUUGUGUAGUACUUAUCUCGAUAUAUAGUUGGGGGUGAUACAAUUCAAGGACGGUUUAUUUUAAAGUGAAAUGAUGCGGUUCAAUUCAGGCUGAUUUGAUUUCAUAUGCUACAACUCACUUUUUUUUUUUUUUAAUUUUCAAAUCAGAUUUACGGAUUCACAUCGGUUGUUAUGACCCUAAUACUGUAUGGAUGUGUAUUGUGCAUGUGUGUAUAUUUACACACACUGUACAUCCACACGUACACACAUUCCCGCGACAGAAAAGCCCCGGCAGGUUUCCACUUCCUGUAAAUUUUCCCGUUAAUUCCCAUUGAAAGUGUCCCAAUUGAAAAAUCCCUGCGUUGAUUUUGCAAACCUGCUCAUAUUUCAGUUUGGGUUGAGAACAAAGCAUUUGUUGUAUGUAUUCUUUCUCGUUGUUUUAAAGAAAUAAGUAUUACCUAUUAGAGAGCUGUUGAUUGUUUUAUUUUAUUUUUUUAGCCAAAGUAGGGAGGGCAAACAAUGACAUUUUUGUUUCUUACUGUAAACUUUUACUACUCUUGUACAUUAUGAAUUUGUUAUUGUGUAUAUAUAACUUCCUUUUUGUUGUUUUCUAAAUUGAGAGGAUAUUUUCUGUUGUUGAUGAUGAUGACACAGCCCACUACACAACACAGGAGAUCAGCCUGUGAAAACACACACCGCUCGACCUUUGACCCGACUUUCAAUCAACCCCAUGCAUGUUCUUCCCAAUGUGAGCCCGACAGGCCCGAACGCAUCACUGAGGCGCGUUUAGUUUGUGUUGUUUUUAUUUUAUUGGGGCUAAAUAAUGUGUAAACUGGACGAGACCACUGCACAUCCAAGACGUGUGAUGAAAUAAGCUAUAAAGAUGGUUCAACCACCAUUUUUUUUCCCCCCCUCCCCAGUCCCCAAGUUGCUUCUUCAGGCGAUGAAUGAAUAUGGAAAAAAAAAAAAGUACUGCUGAUGAGUGGUGAGAUGAUAUUUCAUAUUUAUCUUAUUAGUUAUGGACAGAUGGGUGUCUGUCCAGUGGUCUGCUCCAGUUUCACACAGUAGUACUUUUAGUUUAGCGUGUUGUCUCCUCGGUGCACAUACAGUCGCUUGUAGUGGCCGCCAUGCUGUGUUGUCAUCGAGGAGGUUACCUCUUUGUUGUUUGUCUUUUGUUCAUGCUGAUGUGUUCAUUUUUUUUGGGGGGGGGGGGGGGGGGGUUGCAUAUACGUUCCUGUUGUCAGUGUAUGUGUGCGUAUGUUGUCCAAAACCCAGAUCGCUUCAUCCCUCACACUGGAUCCAAAUGUGCCAUUAUCUUUAUGUAUCGCAUUUAUCAACACACACACACACUCAGAAUUACACGAUGCAUAUUGUACAGGAUCAAAAAAAAAAAAAGACAAAAAAUGUGCCAUGACUAAAUGAAACGCUUGACAAUUUAUUUUUUCUAUGGUUUCAAAAGGAGAGCCAAGUAGUGACAUGUACAGAAAAUAUUGCAAUGAUAUGAAAAUACAAAUCUUGCUGUGUGUAAAUUAUUCAACAAUUAACUGUUUAUAUUAAAAUUAUGAAUAAAAUUA